AUGCUCUCGACAAUCGCCAAAGCAACAGCUCUCCUGGCACUUGUGCCCUCAGCAAUUUGGGCACUACCGGGCGCAUCAAGCAACGGCGCACUUUCUGGUCUAGAAGUACCAUGGAAAGAGAGAGGUCUCUAUUCCGGUUCUGUAGCGAAGAGUGUUACCAAAAGAGAUGAUGGCUACCCGACAGGCUGCAACCAUGGACCGGCAGCGAGAUCUUGCUGGAAAGGCAACUACAAUGUUGACACUGACAUGGAUCUCCAAUGGCCCACAACUGGAGUAGUCAGGAAAUACCACCUUGAAAUUACGAAUGUCACAAUGGCACCAGAUGGUUUCGAGCGACCCAUGUCGGUUUUCAAUGGCCAGUAUCCAGGACCAACUAUCGAGGCCGAUUGGGGAGACGAGAUUGAGGUUACAGUCACCAGCUAUCUUGAGAACAACGGAACCGGUAUCCACUGGCACGGAUUGCGACAGCUUGGUUCGAACGAAAUGGAUGGCACCAACGGCCUAACGGAAUGCCCAAUCGUUCCAGGGGGAACCAAGGUCUAUCGAUUCAAAGCAACGCAAUAUGGCACAUCAUGGUAUCAUUCGCAUUAUUCAGUCCAAUACGGAGAUGGCCUGGUUGGUCCGAUUGUCAUUCAUGGACCCGCGACAGGCGAUUACGAUCUCGAUCUUGGUGUUCUGCCAUUCAGCGACUGGUUCCACGCAACAACCUUCACAGUCAAUCAUGCAACUCUCCAUGCAAAGGGACCACCAACGGCGAACAAUCUGUUGAUUAACGGAUCCAUGACGUCAACUGUAGGAGGUCAGUAUGCGGUCACUACUUUGACACCAGGAAAGACUCACCGACUCCGCCUCGUGAACAUGGGCAUUAACAAUUGGGUCCAUGUUGGCAUCGACGGCCACCCAUUCACAGUCAUUGCAGCAGAUUUCGUUCCUGUUGAGCCUUUCCAGGCGACCUCCCUCAACAUUGCAGUUGGACAACGGUACGACGUCAUUAUCAACGCAACCCAGUCUGUUGGUAACUACUGGCUUCGCGUCGGCACAGGUGGACGUUGUGACGGCCCGAACGCGAAUGCUGCCAACCUCGGAAGCAUCAUUCGUUACGCAGGCGCCGACGAGGUCAAUCCCAAUUCGACUGCUGCCGCGCCUCUACCCGCUGGGUGUUACGACGAGGUCAUCGUCCCUUACGUUAAAACAAAUGUUCCUCAAGAUGUUCCCGAGGAGCUGAAGCUCACAUUUACUGACACAGGAGGCUUCAACGGGAGCGAUCUUGUUCAGUGGAAGGUCAACGAUGUACCCAUGUUGAUUGACCUCGACAAGCCCACUCUUCAGACAGUCUUCGAGGGCUUCACUGGUAACGAGACAUGGGGCAAGGCUGAGAAUGUGUUCCAAGUCGGCGACAAAGGGCAUGCAUGGCAAUACUGGGUCAUUCAGCAAGACAACGUAACCGCGCCCCCUGUUCCUCAUCCCAUCCAUUUGCACGGCCACGACUUUUUCGUUUUGGCCCAGAAAGCGAAUGCUGUUUGGAAUGGCGACAUCUCAACUCUGAAUAUGAAUAACCCAAUUCGACGCGACACGGCUACGCUCCCUGCGCUUGGAUACCUUGUGCUCGCAUUCGAAUCCGACAACCCCGGCGCAUGGCUGAUGCACUGCCACAUCCCGUUCCACAUCUCUGGAGGCCUUGGUGUCCAGUUCGUCGAGAGGAAAGACGAAAUUUUGAAGAGCAACGGCAACCUCGGCGCUAUGCGGCAAGGUUGCGCAGACUGGCAGAAGUACCACGCGGAGCACUGGCCUAAUGGUAUCCUGAUCGAGGGCGAUUCGGGAAUAUAG